CCGCCCCGGGCGGCCGCACCCCGGAACGCUCUCUCCGGGAGCGCGCGGCUGGCAAGGCAAAGCCAUGGCGGCGGUGCCGGUGGCGUGCGCCUCGCAAGGUGCCCCGCCGGUAACGGCAUCCGCAAAGGCGCUAGCGCCUGCGGCAGGCCUGGGCCGCUGCCGAAUGGCGCUGCUACUGGCCGUGGCGCUGGACGUGGCGGGCAUGGCGGCUCUGUUGACCGGCGUAUUCGCGCAACUGCAGGUGCGCGGCCGCGACUUUGGCGACCUACUCAUCUACUCGGGCGCGCUGCUGGUCUUCCUGAGCCUGCUCGGCUGGAUCCUCUGGUACACCGGCAACAUCGAGAUCUCGCGCCAGGAGCUGGAGCGCGACUACGGCCUGCGGCCCUCGGCGCUAGCCCGCCUGGCGCGCAAGCUGUCCCGCCGCUGGUCGGCGCCCGCCGCUGGCCCUCGCGCCGCGCCCGGCUCCCUCGGAGCGCGCCCAGCCGCCCGCGCGCCCCGGCCUCCGGCCGCCGGCGCCCGCCGCGUGCGCUUGCAGCUCGCCACGCUCGAGGCCGGGCCGGGGACGGCAGGCACCGGCAGCGAGUGAGCCCCAGACGACCUCACCAGUCAGGACUCGACUGAGAAGUGCCCCCUGCACCAGCCGACCACCAGUGUACCCACCUGUCCCCCAGUGUCCUCAUUUGGAUAAACAGCUCUGCCUUACAA